AGAUGAUGAAACCAUGGUCUCUUUCGACGUGGUUUCCUUAUUCGCCGCUAUUCCUGUAGAAAAAGCCUGUAACUACAUCAGGAAGAAACUGGAAGAUGAUUAUUCUCUCCAUUCCAGAAGCAAUCUAGACGUUGAUGACAUAAUUUGUUUACUAGACUUUGUGCUGUCCAACAAUUAUUUCAUUUACAAUGACGACAUCUACAAACAAAUCCACGGCUGUGCUAUGGGUAGCCCUGUCAGCCCCGUAAUAGCCAACUUAUGUAUGGAGGAAAUUAAAGAAACAGCAAUCGAUUCAACCCCGGUUCCACCCAAAAUCUGGAAACGUUACGUAGACGACAGGUUUUGUGUCAUCAAAAAGAAUGCAGUUACUUCUUUUCAUGACUCACUGAACUCUAUCGACCCGCAUAUUUCCUUCACCAUCGAGCACGAAUCUAAUGGCCAGCUGCCAUUCCUCGACACCCUUAUUUCUCGCGAUAAUGAGAGGCUCAACAUUGAUGUCUAUCGGAAGCCCACGCACACGGACAGAUAUCUUGAUUUCCCGGCAUAAACAAAAGUAGGAAACCAGAAACUGCAGGGGACCGCAUACGAUAAACGCUGCCAACGUAGGAUCUACAUGAGAUCUC